AUGGUCAACUUCAAGCAUUUAUUCAAUACCGGUGACAAGGAAUUAGAUGAGCCAUUUAUUUUUGCAUCUCAGGCAACUCAAGUUUACUAUGUGCAAGAUCCUAUUGAUGCUGAUUGGUUUGCUGUUUUGAAGUCAAAACAACGUGACAUGUAUGAUAUGGAAGAAAGGCUAGACAAUAGUACAGAAAUAGGUUCUUUCUUGCCAGAUUUGGAUGCACACACACAAGUUAAUGUAUCUAUUGGUGGUAGUUGUGUUAGGACUGAUAUAGAUGGAAUAGUGAUUGCCGAAAACCAAUCUAGCAAGAGGAAAGUUUUUAAGAGGAAGAGGAAUGGUGUGUGGUGUCAGUUUGAGCCCAUGCAAUUUCUGUUCUGGACAAGGACAUUAGCAGCUUCAACUAAUGGACCUACUUUGCGAUCAAGGACUGAAAGGGAUAUUGUUGAUGAAGAAUCUGAAAAUAGUUAUGAAGAAUCUGAAAAUCCCAUCAAUGAUGAAGAGCAACCUAUUGGGCAUCAAAAUAUAAGGAAAGGAAGGGGCCCAACCUUGAAGAAGAACAUAUAUUCAAGUAUUGGUGGGCCUAAAAUCUGCAUUACCCUUAAUGAAUAUGGACAACCAGUUGGUAGGAACAACAAAGAGUUUGGUAAUUUCAUAGGAACUUUGGUGAGGAAAAAUAUCCCUGUUUCUUGUGAGGAUUGGAGACUAGUUGAUUCUAAAAAGAAGUUUGAGUUAUGGACAAAAGUGAAGGAAUACUAUGAAGUGGAUGAAUCUGGUAUAGAUUAUGUUAUAACAUCUGCAGCAAAAAAAUGGAGAGAGUUUAAGGCUGACCUAAAGAACAAAUAUUUUGAUGAAACAUUGAGUUUUGAAGAGCUUAUUGCUAAAAGGGAUGAAAGGGUGAAAGAAUCUGAUUGGGAGUGGUUGAUAACUUAUUGGAUGUCUCCAGAAGCCGAGGUUCGUACAAACAGAGGUAAAGAUAACCGUUCAAAGCUGACUAUGUCGCAUGCAGCUGGCAGCAAGAGUUAUGCUCGUGUGGGGCAUGAACUGGUAAAAAAAAUUAUAAUCACUAGUUUGUAUAAUCAUUAGUUUAAUUUAUGAAAAAUCUAGUCAAUUACUGGACCAAAUCAUUUUUUCUUGUAGGCCGAGCAACAAGGACGCCCUGCGAGAAGAGAUGAAAUAUAUGU